CACACUAACCCCACUCUCUCUCUCUCCUCCCUUUCUCUCUCUAUAUUACCAAACAGUUGAAUCUGUCGCCUUCAAUUGCGACUUUCCGCCACUAACCCCAUUUUCUCUCUCCCUCUCUCUCUCUCUCUUGGUUUGGUAUAUAAAAGUUAGGGCCUUUGGGUAUGAAUCAAAGUGGUGGGACAAAGGACCCAGAGGGCGAGCUCGUGGCUCAGUCUCUGCCCCAACCCCAAGAAGAGGUUCCAAAGGGUUCAGACAAAACCGAAUCGGUAACGGUCAGUGGCGAAGAACAAGAGGUCCUGGAAGAGGAGAAGCCACCGGAGGACCAUCCAAUGGAGGAAGAAUCGGUUAGCCCCGCCACCGUUUUUUGCAUCAGGCUUAAGCAACCUAGGUCCAAUUUGCUGCACAAGAUGAGUGUCCCUGAACUUUGUCGGAAUUUUAGUGCUGUUUCCUGGUGUGGAAAACUGAAUGCUGUAGCUUGUGCAGCUGAAACAUGUGCCAGAAUUCCAAGUUCAACUGCCAAUCCACCAUUUUGGAUUCCUAUACAUAUUGUUAUCCCUGAAAGGCCAACUGAAUGUGCAGUGUUCAAUGUCAUAGCAGAUUCUCCGCGUGAUUCUGUGCAGUUUAUCGAAUGGUCCCCUACUUCUUGUCCCCGUGCAUUACUGAUUGCGAAUUUCCAUGGGAGGGUAACUAUUUGGACUCAACCUUCUCAAGGGCCACCUAAUCUUGUCCGUGAUACUAGCUGUUGGCAGCGUGAGCAUGAGUGGCGGCAAGAUAUUGCAGUUGUUACAAAGUGGCUGUCAGGGGUGUCUCCGUAUAGGUGGCUUUCAUCCAAAUCGAGUGCUUCUGCCAAUUCAAAGUCAACAUUUGAGGAAAAGUUUCUUUCACAGCAAUCUCAAACUUCAGCUAGAUGGCCCAAUUUUCUUUGUGUCUGUUCUGUGUUCUCAUCAGGCUCAGUUCAACUUCACUGGUCCCAGUGGCCUCCUAUUCAGAAUGGUACAACACCGAAAUGGUUUUGCACAAGUAAAGGACUUUUGGGUUGCGGACCCAGUGGCAUUAUGGCUGGUGAUGCUAUUAUAACAGACAGUGGUGCCAUGCAUGUGGCAGGUGUACCAAUUGUUAAUCCAUCCACGAUCGUUGUUUGGGAGGUUACACCUGGGCCUGGAAAUGGUUUCCAAGUAACUCCGAAGACAAGUACCCCUUGUGGUGUCCUGCCUCUUAGCCCACCCAACUGGGCUGGUUUUGCGCCUUUAGCUGCAUAUUUAUUUAGUUGGCAAGAUUAUCUAUUAUCUGAAGCAAAGCAAGGGAAAAAACAGACGGACCAAAACCUUGGUGAUCCUGUACCUCUAUACUGUUCACCAGUCUCGAAUUUUUCAGCAUAUGUGAGUCCUGAAGCUGCAGCCCAAUCUGCUGCAACCACUACAUGGGGUUCUGGCGUGACAGCAGUGGCCUUUGAUCCAACCCGUGCUGGUUCGGUGAUAACUGUUGUGAUAGUUGAGGGACAGUACAUGUCCCCGUAUGAUCCAGAUGAGGGCCCAUCAAUUUCUGGGUGGAGAGUGCAACGCUGGGAAUCAUCUUUACAGCAUGUUGUUCUCCAUCCUAUAUUUGGAAACCCUACUUCUAGUAUGGGUGGACAACCACCUAUGCAAACUGUUUGGCAGUCCAAAGUGGACCUCAGCAUACCUCCAACGAAUGAUUUCAAGAGCCAUCAAGCACCUGCUUUUGGAGUGGCUACUGAUGUGCAAAAGGUAUCUGAGUCUGUUUUUGAUAAAUCAAUCAAUUUUGAUCCAUUUGAUCUUCCAAGUGAUGUUAGGACACUUGCUCGAGUUGUUUACUCUGCUCAUGGUGGUGAAAUUGCCAUUGCUUUUCUUCGGGGUGGUGUCCAUGUGUUUUCUGGUACAAAUUUUACACCUGUAGACAACUAUCAGAUUAAUGUUGGGUCUGCAAUUGCUGCUCCUGCUUUUUCUUCAACAAGCUGCUGUUCAGCUUCUGUUUGGCAUGACACUAGCAAGAACUGUACAUUAUUGAAAAUAAUUCGGGUUCUUCCUCCUUCUAUUCCCAUUAGUCAAGUAAAGGCUAAUUCUUCAACUUGGGAGCGUGCAAUUGCUGAAAGGUUUUGGUGGAGCCUUUUGGUUGGGGUUGAUUGGUGGGAUGCUGUGGGGUGCACACAGAGUGCUGCUGAGGAUGGUAUUGUUUCACUUAACAGCGUUCUUGCAGUUUUGGAUGCGGAUUUUCAUUCUCUUCCUUCUGCUCAGCACAGGCAACAGUAUGGUCCAAGUCUAGAUAGGAUAAAGUGUAGGCUAUUGGAAGGAUCAAGCGCCCAAGAGGUUAGGGCAAUGGUUUUGGAUAUGCAAGCUAGGUUGUUGUUGGAUAUGCUUGGUAAAGGAAUUGAGUCUGCGUUGAUAAAUUCUUCUGCUUUAGUGCCUGAGCCAUGGCAAGCAUCUGGUGAAACAUUAUCCAGCAUUGAGCCUGAAUCAAUGGCUGUUGAUCCUGCACUAAUUCCUAGUGUUCAGGCUUAUGUUGAUUCAGUUCUUGAUCUAGCUGCACAUUUUGUUACACGUUUGCGGCGUUAUGCAAGUUUCUGUCGCACCUUGGCGAGUCAUGCUGUGAGUGCAGGCACUGGAAGCAACCGCAAUAUGGUUGCCAGUCCUACCCAAAGUUCAGCAACUCCUGCAACAAGUCAGGGUCAACAAUGUUUUCUAGGAGGUCAAAAUGGGACCACGAGCUCCAUAGGUCAAACCUGGGUACAAGGGGCUAUUGCCAAGAUUAGUAACUCAACUGAUGGAGGGUCCAAUCCAACUCCUAACCCCAUCAGUGGUCCUUCGACAUUAAUGCCUAUUAGCAUUAAUACAGGAACAUUUCCUGGAACACCAGCAGUCAGACUUAUUGGGGACUGUCAUUUCCUUCACAGACUAUGCCAACUUUUGCUCUUCUGCUUUUUCUUUCUACGAACUCAACUUCCCCGCUAUACUGGGGUUGCAAAUAGAACUACUGAUACAAAUAUACAAAAGCCUCAAUCUAAUGCUCCUGCUCCUGGCAAGGUGGAGGAGAUUGCAAAACCAGUUUCAGCUGUGGUUAAGUCAGAUGAUGGUCAGACAGGUCGAGCUGGUCAGCUUGUGCCUGGGGCAAAGGGUGGUGAAGAAGCACAUCCUGGGCGUUCUAGAUUUGGCAGUGGCAAUGCUGGCCAAGGAUAUACGUUUGAAGAGGUUAAGGUGCUUUUUAUGAUGCUUAUGGAUCUAUGUCGUCGAACAGCUGGGCUGCAACACCCAUUGCCAGUUUCUCAGGUGGGGAGCAACAACAUUCAGGUUCGUCUGCACUAUAUUGAUGGAAACUAUACUGUACUGCCUGAAGUUGUGGAAGCAUCCCUUGGUCCACAAUUACAGAAUAUGCCCCGUCCUAGGGGUGCCGAUGCUGCUGGUCUUCUACUACGCGAGCUAGAACUCCACCCUCCAGCAGAAGAGUGGCAUAAACGGAAUAUGUUUGGAGGACCUUGGUCUGAUCUAGAGGAUGUCGAUUGUGCGGAUGACUCACCUAAACUAAUUUGUGCUGACCCACAUGAUUUCGGCUCAUUGGAGCAUAGUGAUGUCUACUAUGGAACCCAUCGCUUGUGGCCAAGGAAGCGCAGGAUGUCUGAAAGAGAUGCAGCUUUUGGGCUGAACACUUCUGUGGGCUUAGGAGCUUAUCUUGGUAUAAUGGGAUCUCGAAAAGAUGUUGUUACUGCGACGUGGAAGACUGGCCUUGAAGGGGUCUGGUACAAGUGCAUAAGAUGUCUGCGGCAAACUUCUGCUUUUGCAUCGCCCGGUGCUACUGCCUCUCCUAGUCACAAUGACCGCGAGAUGUGGUGGAUCAGCCGCUGGGCAUAUGGCUGCCCAAUAUGUGGUGGAACAUGGGUUCGGGUUGUAUAGAUAGCUUCAUUUUGGUAUUAUUAUAAUGUGAAUUUAACUUUGGCGGAAGGGAGAGGCAUGCAUAUAUUUAUAGCUAACUAUGAAAUGAAUGCAGAUGAGGUGCUAACUGGAAUUGUACAGGAGGGGUAAGAGGUGUAGAUUAUUGUUAUUGUUGGUGGCCAUAUCUUGAUUUGAGCAGUUCACUGUGCUGAGUUUAAAAUAUUCAAAAAUCAAUUCAUUCAGAUGUCAAUUUGUUUUUGGUAAUUAUGGUCAAGUCACUCCACCAGCAGUAGGUGUUAAUUUAUCCAUGGAGUAUUUGUAGUUAACUCCUGGCAGGUAUGUCGUAUCUUAUGUAGACUUUCUCUACUUUUGAAAUCACUGAAGUGCAUCCCAUUAUAUAGCAUUUGGAGAUGUUUACUUUGUUUGUAGAAACAAUUUCUGCUGAAGGAAGAUUGUUCAAGUAAUGAAACCCUUAA